AUGCCAUUUCACCAAAAUAAUAAUAAUAAUGCAAAUUCUAUCAAAAGAAAUUCAAAUGCCCUUUCACAAUCUACAGGAAAAAAAAAUGCUGGUGUCAAUUCACUUUCUAUUAGAAGAGAGAAAAUGCAAAUACUACUAAUGUUAAAGGAAUUGUGGGAAGAUUUAGAUUUUGAAAUCACAAAAAAACCAAAAACUAUUAUAGAUAAUGUUAAAAAUCUUGUAAAUCAAAAUUCUAAAUUAUUGGAGCUUGCAUUAAAAACCAACCAAGAAAUAAAAGAUAAUAUAAAGAAAAUACAACAAGAAAAAGAUAGUGAAUGGUGGAAGGAUGAAACUAUACAUUGCAUAAAGAAUUUAUUAAGCAGAUAUAUGUAUCCUGAUGAAAAACAACUCAUGAAAACUAUCAAAUCAACUUUAGAAAAAAAUUGUGAAGAAUAUUUUUCAACAGACCAAGUAAGAUGUGUUCAUGGUUCUAUGUGUUCUAGAAUUAAAGAAUCAAUUUAUAAG